AUGCAUACGAUGAUCAUCACUACACCACAGAAGGGAGUCUCUGAGGAUGGCCAAAACACUCUGGAGGGGACGAUGGGGGCUUUUGAUCAGCCGAUAAUGACGUAUACGAGUAUUGAGGAGGCUCAGGAGAGGCCCUUCCAUGUCGUGUACGCGUGUGAUAGGGAACAAGCCGACGCCGUAAUGGCCAGCAUUGCCAGUCUCGUUAGCAAUACAGAGGAGCCUAGGGCCCUACAUAUCCACGUCGUCGUGGGCAGCUCCUCUGACCAGCUAUACUUCGCCCAAGUGUUAGGCUCGACGGACUCAGUAACGCUGAGGGGCGGGGCUCGGCUGAGUCUCCAAGUGGUAGAGGCACAGACGAUGAUGGUCUCGAACGUUGAGGAGGAGGUUGUGAAAGUCGGGCAAGUCAUGUCUCGCUCGGCAACAUGUGCUCAUCAGGAGCGGGGGAAUAUUCGAGCGAUCGAGAACUUCGCUCGAUUCUACCUGGACAGGAUCAUCACUGUCAAAUCUGCCCUAGAGGGCUCGGGAGAAGCUGCGGUGGCCCUAGCGAAACGCAAUAAGCCGACGACUAUGGAAGCGUUCAUAGAGGCGGAUAAGAGAUGUCUCGACCUCGAUGUGAAAGAGCGCAUCGGCAGGCUGAAGUCGAAGACUGCUUACAACGCGGGCGUGAUGGGCAUCCAUCUUGGGCGGUGGAGGAGUUUGCAGAUAAGAGAUCGUGUCGAGCAAUGGAUCAGUUGGCACAACAAAUGUCGCAUUUGGAAGGGCGGCUCCCAGCCUCCUCUGCUGUUGGCCUUGUACGAUCGGACUACAGCCAGGCUGGGAGAAGAGCACAACGUGAUGAUCGAGCUGCCGUCCGAAUGGAACUUUGCUAACCUCGGUUGGAAGACCGACUUCUCCGCGACGGAGCUGACACGGCAGAAAGUUCUUCAUUGGAAUGGUCCGAAGAAGCCGUGGUUGCCGAAUGGCCUCUACGUCGAGACUUGGUUACCCUGGCGGAGGAAGUUUGAUUCAUUGCAAACUGGCAGAUACAUGCGCAAGUUUUAUGAAUCGGCUCGGACGGUGUCGGGCAUUCGGGUAGAGAUUAUUCAUGACGGUUUGCCUGACGACUUUAUUGCCAAUUAUACCACUGAUAAGAUCAAGUUCAUAUACUGCGAUCUGCACCAGUACGAGAAAAGACUCGGAGUUAACGAUGUUCGAUACUACUGCUUCAAGGAGCGCCUAAUCGCUAAUCCCGAGUGGGAGUUUGUGUUCACGACCGACCUCACAGAUGUGUUCGUCAAGAGCAACCCCUGCCCUUAUCCCGAUCAGGCCAGAAAGCAUAGAGACCGCAUAUUCGUCGGCCGAGAGACAGUAGACUUGCCGAAUCACCCAUGGAUGGAAAAAAGAUUCAGGGAAUUGAGCGGAAAAUAUUACGAUUGGUUCCGCAGCCUGAGUCCAUUUGGCCCUGAGGAUAAGCGCAUCUUCAAUUGUGGCAUCCUGGGUGGUAGGCAUCUCACCACACCAUACGACUUGAGCAUUUGCCCCCAAGGCACCCCCCGACUUUUGCUGCGCCUCUUCGACCGCAUGCUUCAAGUUAUUGAGGAUCCCCAAUUACGUAUUCGGAAGGAGAGUCCCGACACGGAGGUUAAUGUGAACAUGCCGGCCCUCAAUUGGGUCCUCUUCACCUCCUACCCACCAGAGUCGAUUCAAAGCGACCAGCCAGUACACAGUCGAUACAAGUCGUGGGAGGCGGAUCGGACUGAUGUCUGGUUUGUGCAUAAGUGA